CAAUAACGGCUACGCACAGUGAGAGCUACACUCGUGGUCACACACAGCGUUGCGUUUUUUUAGUGGCACCUAAGUAACGACAUGCACUACACUUGAAUCGAUCGAGUGACCGACUGACUGACUGACUGACUGGAUGUUGUGAGUGUGUCGAGCUGCUUUCGUUGCACCACUUUCUCCAAGCUCCCGAAGACCUGGAACGAGUAUCGGGAGAUCGCAAUUGACCGAAUUUUAGCCGUUUUCCCCAGCUUUUUCGUUGCUCCAUGCAGGGCAACUUUGGGAAAGCAUUAGCCGUUCGAGUGUUUCUUGCGCGGAGAAGUAGUUUGUGUGGAUAAAUUAGUUGGCGUAAAUUAAAAUCAAACGGCAUGGAUUCUGCCAAUGGCAGCAUCACGGGCAACUCCAGUUGCCAGAAGAGCGAUCUCAAUCUGCUGGUGAAAAACAUCGUCAAAAUAUUGCUCACCACGUCCAAAUACUUUCACUGCCCGUUCUGUGCCGACGAGUACCUGUUCGAGUUUACGCUUAAACAUCACCUGCUGAAGAACCACGAGCGGGAUCUGGAGAAGAUUGUCCGAUCGCCAGACGCCAGCAUCCGGUUCUGCGAGAGUAACAUAUGCCCGUACUGUGGCGCCCUGUUCUACUACAUUUCCGCCCUACCGAAGCACAUCAUGAACAGUCACAGUCGCGAGUGUUUGCUCAAGUGGCAGGCGAUCGAAAAGGAGAAUAGUCUGGUGCGGAAGCUGGCCGCCGACCCGAGCAUCCAGUGUGUCCCCUGCUCGCCCGGUCUGAGUGAUCUUUUCGACGAACUUUCGACGAGUGGACGCGGCGCAGGAAACAGUGGUGGUGGCGGUAGUGGCAAUAUGAUACAGCUCACGAAACCGUCUCCCCUGCUUAAGAAGGCCCUGAGGAAUGUGAAUCGCAUAACGGCCGCGACCGGUGAGAGUCCGCAGCAUCAGCUGAUAGGAGGCGUAGAAACGACGUCCGCAUGGUCUAGUUUCGGAUUCGAUAGCUCACUCCCGCGCCGGAUUCAUCAGCAGCAUCAUCAUCAAUCCGCUCGCCGGGAGUUGCGUUUCGGAGAUGAACGCGUCCCAUCGACUGGCGACAGCUCGACGUCUAUUCGUAAUCUUCUUGGCGCGGGUGUUGGCGACGGUUCCGGUAGUGGCGGCUGCUCACCCUCGCCUAGUACCGAGACGGUCUCGUCCGUGCGCAAACCAAAGUUUCAGCGGAAGCGCUUCAACCUUCGCUCGAUCAAGCCGAAGUUGAACUUCCGGAAGUAUGUGCUGUCCAAGUUUUCGAAGAAGUACCAUUGCAAGAUCGUCACAAGCACGCCGAACAACUUCCUCGACGAUGGCAGCAGCCGCGAUUCGGCCCGGUUCCUCCACAACCAGGAACGCUGGAACCGGAUCCAUUUCGAAUGACGAAGGUAUGGUUCGCCGUUUUCAUGCGUCAUCGAGUAUCUUUGCGGGCUGCUGUUUUGCUGUGUCUAAGCGAGGAAGGAAAGAUGCUGCUUCGGCGCCCUGCCUAUGCUUCCGAGGAAAAAGCGAGAGUAAGUCGAGUUCAUCAUUUCAUCCUACGGUUAUUCUCCUUCAAAAGAAUUCUUUCCCACUGUCUCUCUAUCAUCAUUUACUUAUCUCACCAUGCCGCGUACUGCAGCACACAUCACAAACUUUGAAAGUAUUUUGUUUUUGCCGUCCCUUUGCCAACAAAAAAUUGCCACUUCGUACUACAAACGAAAAAGUGGGAAUAUAGGAUCGUUCGUUCAGGAAAGGCGAAUCCACCCAAUGUUAUUAGACAUGUAAGAGAUACGAUAUACCACUUGGCUGUGCAACCAAUUGUUCCUUCCCAAAUUCCAUUAAAACUACGGGAAGCGAAAGGGAAAUAUCGUAUAGUAAUCGAACUAUUCUACGUUUCAUUUAGAAGCUUUGAUGAUCUUUUGAGUUUUAAAAGAAAUUGCUGCUGUUUAGAAGAUGAACUGAGCUAAUAUUUAUGUUUGUCUCAUAUGAUCAUCGUUUCGACCCGCAAAGCAAAUCCAUAGAUCAUUAUCGCAGGGCGAAGACUUUUAGAAGUCGUUUCUUUUCUCUAACAGUUAAAAAUAAAUACAUGAAUUAUAAUAGCAUACUGAAUAAACGAAUCUGAAUCGGAAUCGGAUCGGAUUAAAAGUAGUAAACUGUCAGUGGGCAACACAGAAUGACCCAACUAAACACCAAUUAUCCUAUAACUGGACCAAUUACGAUCGAGUGGAUUGAUAUCGUUAAUUGCUUAUUAAUGACAUUAUAAAAAUCUGGAACUGCUUGAGCCUAGAAGGGAACAACAACAAAUGAGACAAACAUUUAACCAUUUUACUAAAAGGUUGAAAGGGGUAAAUACAUAAGCAGAUAAACAUAAAUUGCCCCAUGUUAGGCAGAUGUGAAAUGAUGCAUUUUUCACCCGUUAAAUAGCGAACCUUAACCAUAGAGAAAUACUGGAGCAAGUCGACGAAAGUCCACGAAAGUGCAACAGUUUUAGCGUAAGAGACAAAUGUUGAAUCUCGUUCUUGCCUUCCAUCGAAAUUAAGAAGAAAACAAGCUACAACGGAAACACCAAAUCUCUAAACUUUAAUAAUUAACAAAUCGAAAGAUCGAAAUUUUUAUCAAGAUAUUUAAAACUAAAGAAGAAUCUACUUUUAAUAGCUUACAGUACCGUACGCUUCCGGCAGGUCGAAAAUAGAGCAAACAAUAACGCGGAUCAAACGCGCGCCAAGCAAAAGAUGUUCCAUUCAUCUUGGAUCGAAGCAAUUAUCUCUAGCCUUACUAAAUGAAAAAAACUCUUUAUAAUAGAUCUUACAUUUCCAAAACAUAACAAAAAGCCAUCGGUAAAGCUCCUCCACAAGUGAGAUUGAUAUGUUUUUGAUCAUCAACCGUUAGCGAACUACUUAUAUUUACUGCCAGGCCAUCGAUCGCGCGUGGUGCCGUAGGUAGGGCUAUAGAAUAUAUCAACACGUUCCAAUGGAGAAGAAUUGAGGACAGACCCCUACAACUUGUUAAACUGUUUGAAUAAAUAAAUAAACCUGAUUCACAUUCCGUUCACGAACUAACG